CAUGUUGAAUGAAUAAUGAAUAACUUCCGUAAUAUUAAUGGAAUCAUGAAUUCGAGCCUACCCUACACUAUUCUUGUUAACUGUGUCAUUAUUAUCAGUAUAUAUAUAUAGUGAGUAAUAGAAGUUGACAUGAACAUUUCAGUCUCAAUACAGGAGGACAAUUCUACAAAGUAACUUGCCUGUAUAUAUAAUAUAUAAUUAUGGGAGAACCAUGCAAAGAACAACAUCUUGACAUAACAAUUGAUGAGAAUGAAAUUGUUGAUGGUGCUAAAGAAAUAAUUAAAAAAAUCAGACCAACAUGGCCUUUGGACAAAUUACAUUUUAAGAUAUUUACAGAUGGAAUCACGAAUAAACUUAUAGGAGUAUGGUACUCUGAGUAUUACAAUGAGAUGGUAUUAGUUAGAGUUUAUGGACAUAAGACAGAUUUGCUCAUUAAUAGAAAAGAUGAAACAAGAAAUAUUCGAAUAUUAAACAAAGCAGGUUUUACACAUUCCAUUUAUGCUACAUUCAAUAAUGGUUUAGCCUAUCAGUUUAUUGAAGGUAAUAUACUUACAACGGAAACAGUCAGAAACCCUGAUGUAUAUGUAUUAAUUGCUAAAAGAAUGGCUCAAAUGCAUAGACUUAAACCUGAUAUUGAGUCCAAAGAAGCUUGUAUUUGGAAAAAGUUAGAAAAAUUUAUGGAAAUUAUGCCAAAAGAAUUUUCAAAUAUUACCAAACAAGCAAGGUUUGAAAAACUCAUAAAACCAUUUGUUGUUUUAAAACAAGAUUAUGAAGCACUAAAAAAAGAACUGAUAAAUUUGAAAAACGAAAUAGUGUUUGCUCAUAAUGAUUUACUUUUGGCAAACGUACUUCAUAAUGAAAAAGAAAACUCAGUAACAUUUAUUGAUUUUGAAUAUACGGGAUAUAAUUAUCAAGCUUUUGAUAUAGCAAAUCAUUUUGCUGAAUUUGCUGGUAUUGAUAGUCCUGAUUAUUCAUUGUAUCCUGAAGAACAAUUGCAGAAAGCAUGGUUAAAUAUAUAUCUUCAGGAAUAUAAUAAUGUAAAAUGUGUACCUGAAAAUGAAAUUAAUUUACUGUAUUUACAAGUAAAUAAAUUUGUUCUUUUAUCACAUUUUUUUUGGGGUUGUUGGGGACUCAUACAAAGUGAACAUUCGACAAUUGAUUUUGACUUUUUAGAGUAUGCUGCAAUAAGAUUUAAUGAGUAUUUCAAAUGGAAAGAAGAAUAUCUUAACAUGAAAUUAUAAAAUCAAAUAUACUUGUUACAUAUUAUUAUUGUACUGCUAUGAAAUUAGCAUUCCAAUAUUUUUAUUAUUUUAUUGUUUAUUGUAAAUAACAUUCCUGUAGAUAUAUUGUGAUAUUUCCUUCUAAUCUGUUACAUAAUAAUUGAAAAUUUUAUGAUCAUAAUGUAUAUAAUUCUACUGUGAAUUUGUCAGUAGAUAAUAUCAUAUAGAACAAAAUUGGUAUAUACAUCUUUGUAAAAUAAUAUAUUAUAAUAUUAAAAUAUUAUUUUGAAAAUAUAACAAUUAUUUAAAAUAAAAUAUUUAAAACAUAAUUUA